GUGAGCUGAAUGUGAAUGUAGCUUGUUUACUCUGCAAUGCAACGGACGGAGACACGGUUUAUCCUGCUUGUAUCUUCAGUUAUCUUCUCACUUGCAGCCCCUCCGAAGAGGCAAAAGCCAGCAUGGAGGGAGAGCCCCUCUCAUCCCUGUGUACCCCUGCUUUUGUGGUGGACGUGGACAAAGUGAAGAGGAAUGCCCAGAGGAUGAUCGAGCGCUGCCAGAAACUGGGAGUCCAGCUUCGACCGCACAUGAAGACCCAUAAAACCCUUGAGUGUGCUGACAUCAUGACAGGUGGAUCACGGAGGUGCAUAGUGGUUUCCACCCUGGCAGAGGCCUGUUUCUACGCUGACCGUGGAUAUGAUGACAUCCUCUACGCAUACUCUCUUCCCUUUGAUAAGGUAGAGCAGUGUGCAGCGCUGUCAGAGAAACUGGAACUCUUCCAGAUUUUAUUGGACCAUCCUGAUGCCCUGGAGCAGCUCCGAAAGAGACCGCUGAGAGACGGUCGGCAGUGGCACGUGUGGCUGAAACUCGACUGUGGCAACGGGAGAGCUGGCGUCCUGCACUCAGAGCCAGGGGCGCUCGUGCUGGCUGAAGCCAUCGCUGAGACGGAGGGCGUGGAACUUAGAGGAGUGUACGCCCACUGUGGGAACACCUAUUACUGCACAGGAGUUGAGCAAAUACAGGCUGUUGCUCAGGAAACCACCAAACUGAUUCUGCAGUUUGUGGAAAAACUGAAGGCUGUUGGCAUCACCUGUAAGUCCAGCAUUGGCUCCACCCCUUCCUGUAGUCAUCCAGUCAAAGACAUGGCACAGCUGAGUGAGGUGCAUCCUGGAAACUACGUCUUCUAUGAUGCCCAGCAGUCUAUGAUUGGCUCGUGCUGUCUGGAGGACGUGGCUGUGAGGGUUCUUACGAGGGUCAUCGGUCACUGUCCACACAGGAACCAGCUCCUUAUUGAUUGUGGAUGGGCUGGAAUCAGUUUGGAUGGAGCUGGAAAACUUCCCACUGGAUACGCUGUGAUCGAGGGGCAUCCAAACCUCAAGUUGUUGUCUAUGACUCAGGAGCAUGGAAGAGUGGAGCCCAUCUCAGGAGAACUGGACUACAGCAAGUACCCCCUGGGCUCUCUGCUCACACUGAUCCCCUACCAUUCAUGUGCAACAGCAGUGAUGCACCCUGUGUACCAUGUACACUCUGAGGGUCGUCUGGUGGGGAAGUGGAUACCCACUCGCGGAUGGUGAAGAGUUGGAGGACAUUUACUGUACCUUUCCUCUUUCCUGUACCUCUAGGGCAGAAGAAACAUAUAUAAUCUCAUUCCAAAUUAUUUACACUUGUUAUUACUGGCAGAUCUGUUCCCUCAUGUUUCUUUUUACAGUGACAAUGGAAAUGUCUAUAUGGAUAACGGUUUAGGAAAAUUCUGUCUCCUCAUCAUUUCAUCAAUUUAAUCUUUGAGUUUUUGAAAUCUGGCAGAUUCUGAAUUGAAACUUUAGAUAAGCUCAGUGGGCUGUGGCAGUAAUGAAUUGUUAGAGGCUGCUGUGAAUAUGCAGAUGCCUUCUGGAUGCUAAAAGUAGCCCAUAUAUGAAGCACUGAGAAGCAGGUGAUUAAUCACAUUGUUAAUAAAUGAUCUUUGAUUUACCACCAUAAACGUUCGUGA